AUGAAAGUCACAUCUUCAGCAGCUGCUUUGGCUCUAUUCAGCUCGUUGACCUCAGCAUCGCCAGCUAGGUCGCAAAAACGGCAGUCUCAGGGCGAUCCAAAUCUUGAUAUCUCUGCAAGUCUGCAGAAUAUUCUUGCCAAUACGCAUGGUAGUGAAUUGUAUACAUAUCCUACAGAUUUGACACGAGGCAUUAUACCUGUAGGUCUCGAGCUCUUCGUAUGGAUCACUAUAGCUGACAUGUGCUAUGGAAACCAAUACAUUCGCACAACGAUUACUGGCGAGAUGUUCCCUUCUACUCCGCUCUAUCGUCUCUACGUCGGCCACGAGCAGUCCGCCCUGACUCGAACGCGUACCUUCGACGCUCUCUAUAUUCAGCCCAUUCUCUCAGUGUUGCAACGUGAGAAUCCUGCUAGCCCAUUUGUGUCGGGUCCGACCGACAACGGCGUCUUCGAUACUGCUUCAAGCCAGACACUAUACCUCUUUGUCGACCUCAAGACUGAUGGACCUACGACAUGGCCCGUCGUUGUACGUGCUCUUGAGCCGCUUCGUCGAGCAGGGUAUUUGACAAGAUUCAAUGGAACAGCUGUCAUUCCUGGUGCAGUCACUGUCAUUGGAACAGGCAAUACUCCUCUCAACCAGGUUCAGGGCGUCAAUAAUCGAGAUUAUUUCUUCGAUGCCAAUCUCGCUCUGCUAUCGACCACUCAAGCUAAUAUCACGCGUGAGGUAUCCCCAAUCGCUUCAACGCAGUUCAGCCGCUAUAUUGGUGCCAUCAACGGAACGGCGUUCAACAGCACACAACUUCAGACACUGCAAACACAAUUGCAAGUCGCAAGGCAGAAGGGUAUUGGUGGGCGAUACUGGGACACUCCUGCUUUUCCCAUUAGCAAGAGAAAUGCAGUUUGGACAGAAUUGGAACGUGCUGGUGCCGCGCUUCUGAACGCGGAUGAUUUGUUGGCUGCUGCUGGUUUCACAAGUGAAUGGUAA